AUGGAGACAGUCAAUGAAUGGUUGACAUUGAACGUUUGCAUCUGAAAUACCGAAACUUAAAAUUUUACUAUCUGCGGAUUCAUAUGGAAAUUUACUAAAGUAAAAACGGUUAACCAGCGUCUUGUUGCAUCUAUUGUGCAGAAACAUUGUCAAAAUAACAUAAGAAAUAUCUAACGAUAAAUUUGUGAUAAAAUUCAUUUUAAUAAUAAGAAAAUAAGGUUUGUGCUCAAAUUCAAAAUGAGAUUUGAUGAAAUAACAUCUUUACUUGGGCAGUUUGGAAAAUAUCAGAAAAUUUUAUAUCUUCUGGUUAGUAUAAAUGGAAUAUACACAGGAAUGCAGAUGUUGUCGUCAGUGUUCACCUUAGCCAUUCCAGAUCAUAGGUGUGAUCUCCAGUCGAUCGAUAAUGACACGUACAAAGUUCAAGGUCACUGGCACGAGAUUCUUAUCAACCAGUCAAUUCCAUUGGUCAAGGGUGAUGAUGACGUAUAUGCGUACGAUGACUGUGAAAUGUUUGCGACCAAUCAAAACACUACUUACAACAGUUUAAACGUUCCUGUAAAUACAAGCAAGCAAGACUGCGACAAAUGGGUGUAUGACAAGUCAACUUUUGAAAGUACUUUUAUUACAAAGGCAAAUCUUAUAUGCGGCCAGGAGAUUGCCCGUGCAAAUGCCAAUAUGAUUUUAAUGGGAGGUGUUUUAAUUGGUGCAAUAGCUAUGGGCAUCUUUUCAGAUGUGUUUGGACGAAAAAAGGCAUUGAUAGUAUCUGUGUUUCUUCACGUAGGUGGCGCAUUCGGUUCAGCAUUUGCUCCUAACUACGCAUUGUUUGUGACCUUUCGGUUCAUUGUUGGCUUUUCUAAUAUGGGCAUGUUUAUGUCAGCGUUUGUCAUAGGGAUGGAGCUAGUAGGUCCGUCUUAUCGGGUGGCAGCGGGGAUCAUCAUCGAAUUUUUCUGGUGUAUUGGGUUGUUUCUUCUGUGUUUUAUCGCCUAUUUUGUACGGACUUGGAAUAUGUUACAACUUGCGUUAGCAAUUCCUACAUUCCUGCUCUUUGCAUAUUUUUGGAUAAUUCCCGAGUCCCCACGUUGGCUAAUAUCAAAAGGCCGUUACGAAGAGGCGAACAAAAUAAUUCAAAAGUGUGCCAAAGUGAACGGUGUGACAAUACCAGAAAAUGUCGUCGGCAAAGACUCAGAUGACAACGGCGAGAAACAAAGUGUACUGAAAAUGUUGACAGUACCAAAGCUACUGAUCAGAACCCUCAUAAUAUAUUUUAAUUGGUGUGUAGUCAGUAUGGUAUAUUAUGGAUUGGGUUUGAACGUUGGGAAUUUAAAUGGAGACAUUUACGUAAACUUUGCCAUAAACAGCAGUAUGGAAUUAGGUGCCUACUUACUUUGUCUACUUACGCUCAACAAAGUAGGCCGUAAAGUUCUUCACGCGGGAACAAUGAUUCUUGGCGGCGUUGCUUGUCUGUGCACUAUCUUUACUGUGCUUUAUGCUGAUGAAUCUUUAUACUGGGUUACUGUGGUCUUAUCAAAUGUUGGAAAGUUUGGCGUGUCUGCUGCAUUUGCUGUCAUUUACGUAUGGUCAGCAGAGCUAUUCCCUACAAAUAUUCGAAACUCUGGCAUGGGUUCCAGCUCAAUGUUUGCUAGGGUUGGCAGCAUGGUGUCUCCGUAUAUCGCUGACUUGGGCACUUUCGUUGAAGGUUCUUUCGGCAAAGCAUUGCCGUUGAUAGUGUUUGGAGGUCUGUCAGUCCUAGCUGGCUUAUUGUCAUUAUUCCUUCCAGAGACUAGUGGCAGAAUUCUACCUGAAAACAUUGAAGAUGCUGUCAACUUUGGAAAAGAAGAUUCGGGAAAGAAAAACCCAUCAAGUAAGAAGUACUACAUGAAUGAAGCGUACAACACAAGUAUGGAUAUACCACCCCCUGGAGAAUUCAAAACCAUUAAUUAAAUUAACAUCAAAGAGAGUUUUUAUGUAUGUAGCGUAGUUUUUGUAUUCACAAGGCAUUCGUUAUUACAGUUUUACCGAAACUCAGAAUUCGUUCGUCAAGAAAUUUACGAACUGACAGCAUUCACUUCCGGUUACACCGCAAUGCAAAGUAGUUCUUUCGAACUAUUUACAAAGGUUGUACAUUGAAAUAGAAGUUAGAUGUAAAAUCAACUGAGUUAACUAUAAUGGUGAUAUCACAAACAUGUACGCAGGAACAAACACAAAUUACACCAAGUUUUGUUUUAACAUUAUCAAAAAAACAACAACAACAAAAAAACAACAACAAACAAAUUAAUACACCACAAAUGGAUUAACAGAAAUAUGAUAGAGUUGUCG